AUGAUACCGGCAAGGAGGGGGAAGAGGAAGAACCUCUGGAAGAAGACCUUAAUGUCGACUGACACUGAACUGCCCUGGAGCUUGUCCCGGAGUGAAGAAAAAGGAGCUAAGAAGGGGCGGAAGGAACUUCGUUUGUCAGAGCUCACCAAGGAGCUACAGCUGCAGUUCACGGGUCCUGAUGGUUCCGACAGUCGGGAAUGGGAAGCUUGGCAGUCCAAAGAGGCCUGUGAUGUUUUGAGCCUGGCUGACAGCCGCAGAGUUCAAGAGGAGAAGCCUGAUCUGAUCAUUCCUACAAGAUGGGUCAGAACAAACAAGAAUGAAGGUUUGCAAGGAGAACCUUUUAAGGCCAAGAGCAGAUUGGUUGUACAAGGUUUCAAGGACAAGUCAUUGGGCGAGUACCGCCGGGAUGCCCCAACAGCAUCGGCUAUGGCGGAAAGCAUUUGCCUGGCAGUGUGUGCCUACCUUGGUUUUGUUUUGAUAGCCAAGGAUGUGAAGAACGCGUAUUUUUCUGGCAAGAGCAUUGGCAGAGAGCUUUACUUGGCACAGCCACGUGGAGGUUUGCCGGGAUUGCGUCCACAGCAGCUUUUGCUCGCCAAGAAGGCGAUAUACGGUUUUUCAGAGGCUGCACGUUUGUUUUGGCUUGCUUUAAGGGAGCAUUUGGUUUCAGAUGUUUGGGAAGAAAGCCGUUUAGAGCCUGCUCUCUUUUACCUCCGCCAGGAGGGCAAGUUGUGUUGCAUUUUGGUGACGCGUGUUGACGACAUUGAAGGAGGUCUUGCUCCUUCUCACCUGUCCAAGGGCUUUGAACGAAGCAGUCAGUCCCUGGAGUUUGCCACAGAUAGCGUGAGAAAGUUCUUUUUUCGGGGCCGAGAAGUUGAGCAGCAUGAAUCGGGCCAUGUGGACAUUUCUAUGCGUAACUACGCAUUGUCCAUGAAGCAGGUCAAGAUAGAUCCACAAAGGAAGAAGCAGUUGGAAUCAGAUUUGACCACCGCCGAAUCCGAAAUGAUGAAUAGCAUUGCUGGAGAGCUCGGUUGGUUGAGUCGACAACUACGUUGUGACCUGGCUUAUGAGAAUGGUGUGAUUCAGCGUUGCAAGUCGGAAGCAUGCAUUGCAGAUUUGUUGAAGCUCAAACAAUACAUUGGCAUGGCACGUCGUGGAGCGGAUUUUCGCCAGAGGUUCUGGGCAGAUGUCAAUCUGCGAGAGGCUGUGAUCAUAAUGUUGGCUGAUUCAGGUCAUGCAAAUGGCACCCCUGAGAGGAACGAGAAGGUCCGCUACAGGUCAGUUGGAGGAUACUUCAUCCUAGCUGCGAAUCCUGGAAUACUGGAAGGGAAAGAAGUUCGAUGCAACAUUCUUGCAUACCAUUCCACCCAGACGAAACGAGUCUGCAGGUCGACACUGGCUGCCGAGGCCAGCCAUUUGGCUGAAGCAGUGGAGGCUGGAGAUUGGUGCAUUGUGUUGCUUGAGGAGGCCCUUUCAGGAAAGGUUGAUUUGCAGAGCUGGACCAAAGUUGUUGAAGCCCGCCAGAGGGCAUAUGUUACAGAUGCCAAGUCGGUCUUCGACUACUUGCAGCGUGACGCAACAAGUACAUCCACUGACAAGAGGAUGGCUAUUGAGGGGGCUUUGCUACGGGAAACCGUUAGACAGCCUGGACCUCAUGUGAAAUGGAUUGAUGGUGAACAGAAUUUUGCAAAUGUUUUGACGAAGGCCAAUACUGACAAGACAGUUCUGAGAGAAUUUCUUCGAACAGGAAUGUUCACUUUGAAGCAAUCCAUGUCCAACCAGAAGGCCAAAGAGUUGAAGCAGCACCAACGGCAGAAGCGCAAUGAAGUCAAGCGCUCAGAUGGUGAUGUUUUGAAAGAACAGCUGCGGAAAGAAAGGAAGGCUAAAGUUUCAGCUGAAGUCCUUCAAGAAGCAUCUUCAGCCGAAGAAAAAGUACCGGUGUGA